GGGCAGCCUGGUCUGGUUGUUGGCGACCCUGCACAUAGCAGGGGGGUUGAAACUAGAUGGUCUUUGAGGUCCUCUUCAGCCCAGGCCAUUCUGUGGUUCUGUGGUUCUGUGAUUCUUUGAUCCCCGAGUGGGCUCUGCUGGUGCGUGAUAAAGUGUGAUACACCCACUCAAAGCCAUGCUCUUUGGCACAGAUGUCAAUGAGGUUAUUUCAGAAACGUGUCGUGUUCGACCAAAUUCUUUCUAGAGUGCCAUGUCCCCAGAAAGAAUUCCUGCUUUCAAGGCCCAGGAUAGCGUUUUGGGUGGUGGCCUGGAGUACAGGGUAUGUUUCCAGCCAUCCAGUGGUUGCUUCCAUCCUUGGUCUGGGGCAGUGGGAUAUAAUCAACCUGCCAGAAGGAGGCGGAGAUGGCUCACCAGUUACCGUCCUAGGCAAAGCAGUUUAGGCCUGGGGAAGAUUCAUUUCCUUUAUUACCCGCUAACAGCGCCCUAGGGUAGUGAGAAGAGAAAGCAGACUAAAAGCACCUUCCCCCUUUACUCUGUGUCUACGGCAGGUAUCUGAAGGGAAGGUGGCAGCAGCACACCACAAGGAUGGUGCUGGAUCCCAAGCUGGUGCACACUGUCACCUGAUGUGUAAGCUGCAAUUUAUUUUGAAGCAUUUUCUCAUUAUCCUCAGGUUUAUUCGUAACUUCUCCCACCAGCAUGCUGAGGGCAAGCACUGACUGGCUUCCAUGUGGGCUGUGGGGCUGUGACCUCACAGAGGUGUCCCCACCCAAAGGAUUGUGACCUCACGGCCAACUCAGUAUGAGCUAGCAACCAGCACCCUGCCUCUCCCAGUGCGGUCGUGACCGGCUUUGAGCGAUGGUUGACGACAGCUUUCUCCUUGUCCCUAUGACCCUUUUCUUCCUGUAUGUCCUGUUCUUGGUGGCCAGGGUCUCCCUGCUCAUCACCAUCUGGUUCCUACAGGCUGGCAGACGACUCUUGCGACUGAGGAGAUGGUGGCGGAGAGGAGCAUCAGCACCGGAGUCAGGUAGGUCUCUGUGGGUCAGUGCCAAGCCCCAGGCUUUGUCUUAUUCAUGCCAGGCAGGGAUGGGCCCAUGCCAGGAGCCCCACCCUGGACUGGGAACUGGCACGCUUCAGGUCGACCAGAUGGGACAGGGUUGUCGCUGGUGUCCAGUCGAGCUGUGGCUCAGUCCCCCUCCCUGUUCUGCAGGUGCUCAGAGACCAACGUCUGGGACAUCUUGCUCCUGCUCCAGCUGCAACCGCUGCAGCAAAGCUGACCAGGAGCUGCAGCAGCUGGUGCUAUCGGUGCUGCCGCAGCACGUGGCUACUCCUGGUCCUGAAUUCUGGGUGAUGGCCUGGAGGGACCUGGAGGAGCUGGUGGAGCAAGGAAGCCUGUCCUGCUGCAGCUCUGCCAAUGACCAGAGUGAGGUGCAGCGUGGAGCAUCAGCUUCUGAGUCAAGUGCUGAGGGACAGACACGUGGGCCACGGUGCUCCUGCUCCAGCUGCAACCGCUGCAGCAAAGCUGAGCAGGAGCUGCAGCAGCUGGUGUUGCCGGCUCUCCCAGAGCACGUGGCCACUCUGGGCCCUGAGUUCUGGGAUGCGGCCUGGCGGGACCUGGAAAAGCUGGUGGAGCAAGGAAGCCUAUCCUGCUGCAGCUCCCCCAGCUCCUCCACACAGCUGGGGACAGUUGUACGUGAGAGCAUCAUGCAGACAGGUGCCGCUGUACAUUGGUGGGAGCAGAAGGAACAGCAGCCUGUUGGAUUGUCCAAGCGUCCACAAGAAGUACCCCACAUGCAAAAGACAGUAAGACCAGCAGCAGCAGCACCUUCACGCCUGGCUACGGAAGAUGACUGCUGCAGUGCAGCCAGCCAGCGUCUGAGCUGUGCCGUCUGUGGCAGGAGACGUGCAGAGCAGGCAGGCAGGCAGAGCGUGAAUGGCUGGCACUCGUGGCAGCGGGUGGCCCCCACAGCCCCCAGGACAAAUCGUCAGGGCUCCAAGCCAGGCAGGGGAGCCGCAGAGCAGCCCCCGCAGACCUGCACCUGCACCUGCAUGCGUCCACCUGCGCAUGAGGGACUUCAUCAACCAAAGCAGGGACAACGUUGCUGGGACAACAAGGCCCAGGAGCCUUCUGCAUUGCCUGUGUCCUGCCGAAUGCAUUGUGAGUGCUGUAAGACAGCGGGAUCCAAGAGGGAUGCACAGAAGCCAGAGCAGCACAGCAUAAGAAAUACGAACCGGCACGUGCAGUCGCCCCCCAGGCAUGCUGAGGAAGAGAUGUGGGGCUCCAAAGCAGACAGAGGUGCCCAAAGGCAGCCUCACGGGAUCUGCUCCUGCUUGCUGCCACCAGCGCGUGGGACAACGGUGCGUAGCAUUGCCUAUGGCUCCAUUGAGUGGCUAUGUUGGCGGUAGGAGGUGGCCCCGCAGGUUCCCGCAUGGCUCUUGGCCACCCCGGCACGUCCCAAGUCCCAGCCUGAAUACAGGGCAGCAGCACAGGCAGCACAAACAGCUUCAGUGCUGCCCGUGGAGGACAACGGCUGCCACGCCAACGUCACCGCUGUGGGAAGUGCAGAGAGCCAACCCGGCCCGAUGCCACCUCCUUCCGCGAGCGCACAUCGAGGAAGCAGAGGGGCCGUGGGUGCCCACGGCUUUUGUCAUCAGCAUCCACUUGGCUGUGGGAGGGCCCAGCGUGGAAGGACGUAACGGAGCACCGGGGAACAGCCAGCUCGCAGCUACAGUCCCAUUAAAUCCUCUUUCUAUCCA